UCUAGAGUUGCAUGUCCUCAAAUCAAAGAAAACAGCCAACAGCUGCUGUGUACUGUGUCGCUGUUUAAGUGACAAAAGCCGCGAGAUGUAUAUAAACAUAGUUAUCUUUUGAAUAAACUUUCUGUCAAGUGAAGAAGUGACUAAGAUUUGUGUUUUAACUGUUUUAGUAUUUACAUUAGAACAACUGUACUUUUGAAAACAUCUGUUACUGUUGUUUUUCAAACUAGGAACGACUCAGUGCAUGGACGUUGCAGUUGUUUAUAAAAAGAAAGUUAAAACAAGUCAAUUUCCUUUGCCUUGUCGGUAUGAAUUAGAAAAAAAAACUUAAGUUCAUGGAACUGGUGUGACUGUGUUUAUGUGUUAUGAUGUCGAAUAUAUAAUAAUAAAUAAGUACCUAUAAAUACAUUUCAAAGUUUUUUGUGAGUGAAGUAUUACAUAGUAAGUGUUUAUACGGUUGUACAUGUUGAAAAUGUAUUCUGUUAUUUAAAAUAAUGUUAUCUCAGCCUAAAAACAGAGUUCAAGCUAUAAAAAGUAAAUUCGAGAGCUUACAGUCUGAAACCGAAGUAUUGGUUAUAAAGAAAAACACAUCGCACUUAAGCAAAUAUACCGAUUACAAACAAAGCGCAAGUAAAAUCAAUUCUGAACACGACAAUUCCAACAAAGAGAACAAGGAUGAUGAACUAUCACAGGAAGAAAGUAAUUUCGUCAAUAAUUCCGAGUUUUUGAGUCAGGACUGGUCAAUACAGCCCAAUACUAGUUAUUUAUACAGUAGUAAUGACUUGAAGAUAAGUUUAUAUGACACAAAAGUAUCUUUAUCACGCCAGUCAAGUGAUCCAGGGAAAAAAUUACAUAGAAGUCAUGCGUUUCGCUGUGAUCGGAGCCAGAUUAUUAGCCAGGGUCCCAAAAGACAUGGAAGCUGCAACGGGCGGUCAGAAACCAGUGAUUUUUCAUUAAAGAAGAGCGAUAAGAAGCUUUCAAAGGACAGAUUAAAACAGUUGGGUAACUUCAUAGAGGAUCAAAUGAGGAAAGAAAACUUUAUAGCAUCUAAUUCUAUUAGUAUUGAAGAAAUAUCUGAUAAAUCGCCAGAUUCCAUACCUGAUUCAGAAGUACCGAGACAUAUAUUGGAUCAGUAUGCUAAAGUGGAUAAAAACAAGAAAACCGACAAGCAAGAUUCACUAACGGAUAGUGGAGUUAGUUCAGAAACAGAAAAUGUGGAUGAAGAAAGAAACAGUAAAAUUAAGAAGCUUGUUUCUCAAUAUGAAAAGCCGGAAAAAAGUGAGCAGUCUAAUUUAGUAUCUAUGGACGAUCUCUGCGGUUCAAAUGAAACAAUGCGUUUGGAACGUAAAAAUCCACAUCUUAUCCUCACAGAUACACUUAAAAAGGCGUUAAAACAACCUUUACCCCCAGGACCGCCACCGAAAAAACCACCUCGAAUUUUCGCCGCUCCAAGCCCUGAACAACCGGAAAAGAAGAAAGAUACAAAAAAGAUGCUCGAAAAACUAGAACAAGCUCUACAAAAACGCGAAUCUAAAACACACAACCCAAACAAAAACAUGUACGAUAUAUCAGAAGAUAAUGUUACUGAUAAGCCGAAAGAAAUACACUAUCUGUGUACCGAAAUAUUAGGUAUCACGAACAGGACAUUAACAAAUCAAAGCCGUGAUCCGUUUUCCAAGUGCCUCAAUUCGUUAAAUUGUGCCAUGAUGACAAAUAAUUCAACAUUAAGUCUUCCAUAUACGCGGCUCAACGAUAAACUGCCGUGUUCGUGUAGCAACGAAAACAUAUCCAGGCGAAUAAGCACAUUCCAGAACGAUUCAAAUUUGGAAUCCAACGAGAAGUGCGAUAAGUGUCGUUUGAACGAGGACAAAGAAGGUUUUAAGUGUCAUUUAAAUUGUAAGUGCAAAGUUUUGAAUUCGGAAUUCUAUUUGCAAAAAGAACAUAUUUAUGAUGUGCCAUUUGUGGACCAUGAAAAAAGUGAUUAUGGUGUUCUGAACAAUUGGAAAGGGAAUAUUAGCCGAAGCAUGGAGGAUUUAAGGAACAAGGAUAGUGAGGAGCAGAAAAUCUACGACGAGCCAUGCGACGUGUCUCGUCCAGCAACACCAGAGGCAGAACCAGUGAAAACAGACUUCCAGAAGCUACGGGAAAACUUCGAGACGCUCCCAGAAGUUUCUAGAAUGUUCGAGAAGCCGAAGAUCUCUAAGAAACCGCUGACAAAGAUAUGGAAGAGCACGGAGAACGUGUCCGACGAAUUCAAGUUCGUAAGGAAAACGGUGGAGAAGAAAUUUGCAACUGAUUCGAAGAAAUAUAGACGCACAGACAAAGGGGAUAAGGUCGGAUUUAGUUUACCGAAGAAUGAUAGCAGUCAACUCGAUGUCGAUAGAGAAAAUUUAAACCGUCUAAUGACGGAAAUAUACGAGACCGUAACGGCCGCCUGCAAGAUGGACGAGAACAAGCCGGGCAGCUUUCCGACUGAUGCUUCAGAUUCUACUAGUGAAGAGUCCGUAAAGCUAACGCGAAGUCUAACAGAGAAACGUAAGAACUACGUGCGUCGGGUGUCCUCCAGGGUAGCGUACUUGGACCAGAAGAAUGUCAAGACGCGUUUUCGACACCAAACGUCCGUGUGUUCAUACAAAUCGGAGGUCAUAGACAAUCCGUACUCCACGUUCCGAUCGUGGAAGAGUUUCCGAACGUCGCAGAACAAUUUGAAUCUGACGCGCGAUAUGUCAAUAGACAGCCAGGAUUUGACAGACGCGAAUGGGUUGUCUAUGGCCGGGAGUAUAGACAAUUUGAGUAUAGAUGAGAAGACGGGGUGCGUGGAUAUUGGUCUGCCAUUUGAGCCGAGGGAAAGGGGGUUGUUUAAUGUGUGUCUCCUUGUUGGACUGAAUUAUAUGAGCGGCCAGGCGUAUGUGAAAAGCGUGUUUCCUAAUCAGGUACAAGUACCGCCACACAUUGAGAACCUGAUAUUCCCGGAGACACUCAGCCCCGGCUCGUUGGGCGAAUGGUCGGCUGAUAAGAACGCGCAGUGUUAUUCGUUGGUGCUGACCGAUGAGAGAGGGGAACGGGCUUAUGGAUACUGCCGCCGCGUGCUACCGGAAGGUGCUACUACGUGUCUACCUCUAUGCUACUGUGUUAUUGGCAAAUAUAGAGCACCGGGCUUUUAUUAUAAGAUCCUACAAGAAAUAGAAGCACACCACGGCAACCCAGAAAUAGAGAUAAAUCAAAUUUUGCAACAAUUAUUCGAAACGGACUUCCCCAAUCCGGGCGAGCAAAUAACAAUAACAUAUAACAGAACAGAGAGUAAAGAGAAAUCUAACUCUCUGCUAGGAGAGUUGAAGUCCAAAACGAUCCCAAGGAGAAACGAUAUAUCCAUUAAUGUUAGUGUGAAAAGAGAAAUUGGAACGGAGAAAUUUGAUGUAACAGAGAAAUUUGAUGUAACGGAGAAAUUUAAACGCGACAGAGAGAUUGUUGUUGACACGGAGAGUUUGGAGAAACAUGAACUGCCGGAGUUUUAUGAUGUCGAGAAUAAUAAUGGGGUGAAGAGAGUUUUGAUUAGUUUGGAGAGUCCGAGGACACGCAUAAUAAAACGACCAAUCGAACCCCGGGCGGAUGAGGACAAUAUGUCCAUACUAUUGGACAGUUUUGGUGCUGGUCUGGUGAUCAAAGUGUUUGGAUCGCUCCUGCUUGAACGGAAGGUGGUGGUAAUGGGAGACCAGCUCGGCACUGUUUCCUCUUGCAUGGAGGCGUUACAAAGCGCGCUAUACCCGUUUGUCUGGCAGCAACCGCUAAUAUCGACAAUCCCGUCGGAGAUACAGAGAGAUGUGUUAGAAGCCCCCGUGCCGAUAUUGGCUGGGAUGUUGAAAACUGAGGAGUGCGAUUUUAGCGUGCAGUUUGAAGAGGGUAUGCUCAUAGAUCUAACGAAUACUGGCAAAGUGCUUUUCUACCAAGGCGACGAAUCGACCAUCCUACCUACAUCCAGCUAUAAAACAUUAAAAACGUCACUACAAAUGGAGACGAACAAACAGAAAGACAGACAGGACACGAAAACAAGGAAUGUCAUGAUUUCUGAGGCGUUUUUGAGGUUCUUUGUAGACAUUUUGGGUGAUUUUUGGCGGUAUUUCGUGGAAAGGGAGGUGAAAGAUGGCGAACUGGGUAGGGAUGGUGUUGUUUUUGAUAAAGACGCGUUCAUAAAGAACACUUCAUCCAAACAAAACCAAUACUUCCUAGAAUGGUUUACGGAAACGGCAAUGUUCAACCAUUUCAUACAAAACAUGGUCAGCUACCAACAUGCAGGCGAAAAAAAACUGAUCGACACACCCUUGACCGAUUUUUACGAACUUUUCAACGAACGAGUGCAAAGUCGUAGUAAAACCAACGCUAAAAUAAGUGAGAAGAACUAUAAAAGUGCAGUGAAUAAAAAAGUUAAGUUGCUCAAAACUAAACUGAGGGAUUUAGUUGCUUAGUGGAGUUUGUGAAACUCAAUUUUUAACUUGUUUUGAGUGAAAAUGUGAGGAACUAUAUUAACUCUAUACUUUGAGUUAACUCAUUUUGAGUUUAGUUUAGCGCUUAGGGAAAACAUUUUGUAUUGAGUUAACUUAUUUUGUGAAAAGGUGAGAAGCAAUUGGUCUUACCACAAAACGAUUUAAACACAGUCUAACUUUAAACCAGGGAUCUGUCACUUUAAUACUUUUCUAUGUGAAAUACGACAAAACCAGAUUAAAGAGAACCCGCGCUUAAAGUUACACCCUGUCUAAAGUUUUUUGUGGUAAGACAGUAUGCGUUUAACUCAACUGUUGAGUUAACUCAUUUUGAAUGGAGCUAACUUACUUUGUAUCGAUAAAACUUAUUUUGAGUUAACUCAUUUCUAAAUAGUCAUUUGAGUUGACACAAUUCACUCCGUUUGUGUGAGAUAAUGUUAUUUUGUAGCGAAUUUGUGAAAUUCAUAUCACUUAUAAUUAAGGCAAAAGACUUUGAUGUGAAACAGUGUCCUAUUUUUACCUUGAUCUUGUUAAAUUUUUGUAAUAAACCAGUA